AUGGAUAAUGGUGCGGCUAUAUCAUUGGAGAUCGUACAACUACUACAUAGUCGUCGAACUGAAGGCUGCACCAACAAGGCGAUGGACAAGGCUGCAGCGGCAGGACAUCUGGAUAUCGUUCAGUUCUUGCAUAACAAUCGAAGUGAGGGAUGUACAAAGGAAGCGAUGGACAACGCAUCAAAGAAUGGACAUCUUGACGUGGUCAAGUUCUUGCAUGGUCAUCGAAGCGAAGUGGCAUCGUGCUUCGAAUCCGCUUUGGCUAAUGCCGCAUGGAAUGGUCACCUUGCCAUCGUUCAGUACCUUCACCAACAAUUUGCGGACCGCAAGUUAAAUAUCUCAAUUGAUAACCCAGCAUAUAAUGGACACUUGGAUGUCGUACGCUACUUGCACAAGAAUGAUGCCACGGCCUUUUGUUCAGAGUUGGCGAUGGGUAAGGCGGCGGCAGGCGGACAUCUUGAGGUGGUCCGCUACCUACAUACCAAUUACCAAGUGGGCUGCACGGGGUGGGCUAUGGACCAGGCUUGCUCAAACGGAUAUUUGGAUGUCGUUCGGUUUCUACAUGACAAUCGAACAGAGGGUUGCUCUACUAGGGCUAUGGACCUAGCCUGCGCCGGUGGUCAUUUGGAUGUCGUUCGAUUCCUACACGACAACCGAACAGAGGGCUGUACUUUUACAGCAAUUGAUGGAGCAGCGUACACCGGCCAACUGGACAUUAUCAAGUUCCUGCACCACAACCGUACGGAAGGAUGUACGACCGCCGCUUUAACUCAAGCUGCGUGGAAAGGACAUCUCGAGAUCGUCCAGUUCCUCCAUCUAAACCGCACAGAGGGUUGUUCCACCGCGGCCUUGGACAAAGCCGCGACAAAUGGUCACCUCGAAGUUGUCAAGUACCUUCAUUUCAAUCGCACGGAAGGAUGUACGACUGAAGCACUGGACACUGCUGUUCGCUUUGGACAUUUGGACACUGUCAAAUUCCUCCUUCAUCAUCGUACUGAAGGUGGAUCCGAACAUCUAUUGGACCAGGCCACUGGACGGAAUGGUAAUCUUGAUACAAUCAAAUUCUUGAAUCAAUCUGAGGGCUCUGCCACAACCGAAGCAAUGAACAGUGCUGCAAAAGAUGGAAGAUUGGACAUUGUUCAGUAUUUACAUUUUAAUCGAACAGAGGGAUGUACAGUCGAUGCUAUGGACGAUGCAUGCGCAAAUGGAUAUCUGGCCAUUGUACAAUUCCUUCAUAAUCGUACAGAGGGCUGUACAUACAAGUCUAUGUUACUUGCUGCAAGUUAUGGAUAUAUUUCGGUCGUACAAUUCCUUCAUCAUAAUCGUUCGGAACAUAAUGACGGCACCAUCGACAUUAUACUAGAGAGGGCACAUCCCAAAGUUCAAGAGAUCAUGUUUCAUUCAUUCAUUCACUUCAUCAUUAUCUCUAUCUUGUACAUAUAUUUAUAUACUUUUACAAUGUCCGCUAUAUUCAAUUUCCAAAGUCUGUUGGUAGUGUUGCUACUGUUCAUCUGUACAUGUACUUAUAUUCGUGGAUCAUAUCCCAAGUUGUUGGAUGUAAAGGACAAGCAUAGUUUAUCAGGAUUACCUUGGAAGGCAGCGAGAAUAGGAGAGCGACUGAGUCCUUGGGUAUCAGUAGCAUGUAUAAUCAUGGGUGUUGUGUUGUUAUUCUAA